AUGUUAACUAAUCAGGAGGAAAUUGAAAAUUCGCUUAUUGGGACUCUACUUGGGGUUUCAUUGUUUGAUACUGACAAUCCAAUUGAAAACCCAUUAACAAAACGAGUAUUCUUGAGUGAAUACAGAAACGAAUUGUUAAUUCAAGAAAAGAAAAUAACAUUUUUGUUUGAUGAUCUUGAAAAUAUCAUUUUUCACAGAUUGAAGAUUUUUUUUUCAGCAUCAGAUAGUAAAUCUAGAAUUAAAGCAUAUCAGUUUUUAGUUGAUUCAUAUAACAAAUUUAUUAACGAGAGCUCAGUGCCCAAGAAAAUUGAAAUUAAUGAUAGGAUUUUGAAGCUUGCUCAAUUUUUCCCUAAAUAUUGUGCAUUAAUAAUUCAAUGCCCUGAACUGUUUGAAAUAGUAAGCAAUACCAAUGAUUGUGCAAUUUCAGAUCUUUUCGAGAUUUCGGUUCCGAAUUCAUUCUUUUCCACAUUGGCACAAGAAAUGGAGAUGAAUGAUUCUAAGUUGUUUGCUUGCAUUUUCACCGAGUAUAUUGAAAAACAAAUUGGUAUUCUCAAACAAAGAAAGUUUACAGACUUAAAACUUCACCCCAUAAAAAAUAUUAUUUUCCUUAGCCAAUUCAAACAAACUGCAUUCAUUUUAACGCAAACUCCCUCCUUUAUUAAAUUCUCCAUUGCAAAUCAAGAAACAAAGGUUUCAUCCGGCUUAAUUCAACAGCAAGAUUCUCUUUUGGGAUGUAUUAUUAGCCCAAAUCCAAUAGAUAAAGACUUCAAAACAAACGAAAACCCUACGCUUACCAAAUAUUUUUCUGGACUAUUGUCUAAGACUCAUACAUAUAUUAACCAAAGUAAGGUGCUGAUUAAGCAAGACCUUUCAUUAGUAUAUGAACAAUCAGUUUUAGUUAUAAAAAAUCUACUUAAGGCAAAUACGGAAUGUAGAAGAAUGGUAAUAAAAUGGAUGGGAAUUAUAUGUACUUCAAAUGAGAAUAAAUUAAAAAUAUACAAUUCAAUACCUGAUUUAUCAGUUUUCGGGAAUACACAAAACUCAAGAGAAGUCCAAAACAACCUACGCUCUCUUAUAUUGAGAACUUCUGGUAUUUUAACAAAUGGGUUUUCAAUUAAUUAUUUGCAUAUAGUAUUGAGGUUAUUACAGCCAGUGAAAAUUGAAAAAGUUUCUGAGUUAGACUGUUUAUUUCAUGUUUAUGGCCGAUUUGACCAAUUAAAUGAUGUUGGUGGUGAAAUUCACGGCAUUCUAGGUGAUUUAGUGAAUGAUGCAACUUUAGGUGAGAAAGAUCAAAUUGAAAUAGCCUUAAAUCUAGCGAGAAGGAAAUUGAUUCAUUUUAAUGAAGGAGAUCUCAAAUAUCAAGACUUUAUCAAGUUUCCAACUCAGAUAUUCUGGAUUUCAUGUAAAUCAAUCAAGUGCUUUUUGCAGCCUGUAUUAUUGGAAUAUGAAAAUAUUCUAAAUGAUAUCAAUGAAUAUAGAAGCGGAUUUACACCUGGACAUAGGUAUAAGAAUGACCAACAUCUUGAAAAAUUAAGUGGCGAAGCCUUAUUAUUGGAAUGUACAGUUUUCUACCAAAAUACAAUUUCCACAUUUUGGCAUUUUUUAUCAGUAUUUAUUCAUUUCAUUUUCAGAACAAUUUACUCUUUUGAUGAAAAUGGAGUUGAGAAUUGCGAUUGGAAUAUGUUACUGGCUUCUAAACAAGGCCGAAUCACUUUGGCAUUGAAGUCUAUUGCUCUACCUAGAAAACCUUCACCUCAGUUUUCAUCGUUACCUUCUAGUUUAAUUGAAGAUAUAUUAUCAGUUACUGAACUAAUGCUGAGGAUAAAGGGGAAUGAUGAAAUUUUUAUUGGGGUUGAUUUUGAUUCGUACAUUUCAUUUAUUGUUUUUAUAAUAAAUAAUGGAAGUUAUUUUAGAAACCCUCAUAUUAGAUGCCAAAGAGGUGUGGUUGGGUUACACUACCUUCUUCAGAUUCAUCAAUUUAGGCAUCGGAUAGAGAGCAGUGAUUUUACUGCAGAAUAUAUUCUUCCAGCUUUAAUUUCUCUUUUUAAUGAUGUGCAGAAGUCACCUUAUUAUGAUCGGUUUUCGUUAAGACUACCUAUUAUAAUGUUAUUUGAAUCUUUGUUAAAGAUAGAUUUGCACAGGAAAAGGCUACAAAUAUUUGUUAAACAAAGAGAUGAGUCAUUUACGAAGUUUAUUCAUUUACUUGUUUCCGAUCUGAACUAUCUACUUGAAGAAGGUCUUUCGAUGCUGGCAGAAAUUAAAAAGAGAGAGUCUAGGUCUAAACAAGCCCCUCUUGCUGCCGAUAGUGGCAAUGCCGAACCUGGUAGCUCCAACUCGGAGGCAAACAGUUUUACUCAGGAAGGAAUAGAGAGUACAAUUGAAGAAAUGCCGGUCGAAAGGUUAGAGCAUGCAUGCAAAGGUUAUAUGCAACUUUCACAUGCAUCUGCGAGUUUAUUGCAAAAAAUUACUGAAUAUUACACUCAUGAAAUACUGGACUCUCCAUUAAUACUACCUCAAAUAGUAACUUGUUUAAAUUGUACACUUGAUCGGUUAGUGGGGCCUAAGUGCUUGGAAUUGAAAGUAAGUAAUUUUGAGGUUUAUAACUUUAACCCAAGACAGCUAUUGGCUAACGUUUGUAUGACAUACGUCACUCUUGCAUUUAAUAUCAAAGUUGAGGGCGAAGGAAUAAAAAAAGAUGUUUCUAAAAUAUUGAUUUCAGAAGUAACGAAUGAACAGAGGUAUUUUAAGAUUCCUACCUUUAUAAAGGCGUACAAAAUUGCUCGAAGAGAAGGUUUAAUGAAUAAAAGUAAAUCCGAGGAUUUUAAUCAACUUAUCAAGUGUUUACAGAAAGAGCUUGAAGAGAAUGAAGCUGGACAAGGUAUAGCUAAUCUAGAUGAAACAGACAUACCAGAAGAGUUUCUGGAUCCAAUUAUGCAAGAUAUUAUGCAGGAUCCUGUAUUGCUACCUACAUCUUCAAAAAUAAUGGAUAGGAAAGUAAUUGAGCGAAUAUUAAUAUCCGAUGGUGUAGACCCAUUCAAUAGGCUUCCGCUUUCAAAGGAUGAAUUAAUACCUCAAACAUGCCUUAAAGAGAAAAUAAAAUUAUUUUUAGAAAGCUUGAAUGAUUCAUGA